GGAUCGUCCGUAAGUCAAAAUUGCAAAAUGGCGCCGAAGAAAGAGAAGAUAUUGACACAGUGACUUUUUAUGAUUUAUGACAAGUUGAGAACUGUAAGAUAUUGUGAUGGAGAAAUGUUUGCAUGUGUCCAAAAUUCGACCAGCCUGGGAUCAUUCUAUUCUGAACCCAGAAAAAUGGCUUUGUUACCUCUGCCGUACAACUGAAAGUGUUUGGGCAUGUUUAAGUUGUUCAAAUGUUGCAUGUGGCAGGUUCAAUGAGAAACAUGCAUUGAAACACUACCAGGAGAGUAAGCAUCCUAUCAGUAUUGAAGUGAAUGAAAAAUAUGUCUACUGUUAUGCAUGUGAUGACUACGUGUUAAAUGACAAUGCAGCAGGAGACAUCAAAUUACUACGAUCAGCAUUAAGUGCCAUAGCAACACAGAAGUUUACAGACAUUGAGUCCAGGGGCAGAAGAUUGCUUAGGUCCUAUUCUCACUCAGGGGUCGUCCACAGAGAUGAAGCUGAUGAUGAUGAUAAAGUUGCUACAGCAGAAUGGCACAGAAGGCAAAGAUUGUUAGCUAAGGUAUUCAACAGUUGGAGAUUCUACAUCCAGCGUGAGAAGUCGCGAAAGAGAAGAUCAUACGACAAACAACUUGUACAACUAACGGCAUCAUCAUCAUCUACAGUAUUCAAGAGAAGAACCAUAACUCCUGGUGUGACUGGGCUAAAAAAUCUGGGAAACACUUGUUACAUGAACUCAGUCCUCCAAGUAUUAAGCCACAUUGAAGGAUUCCGAGACUUUUUCUUGAAGAUGCGCUACAGUUUUGAAGCCAGCUCGGAUGGUUCCCCCCUUGUUAAGAGUGUAGUAGCAACAAAACCAGCAGUAGUAGCACCAGCUGCAGCUAAACAAUAUGCGAGACAGACAACUGUUGAAUGUUUUCAGCAUUUGAUGUCAACAGAUGGCCAAAAGCAGACUACACAGAAGAAGAAAUUGAAGGGAGGUUUAAAUGGUGGUUCAACUCAGUCCACUAGUUCAUCUGUACGUCAACAACUCAUCUGUGAUGUGGAAUCUCAGGGAAAUCAGGAUACUAAUGUAUCAUUAUGUGGAGAACUUCAUGGUUUAUUUCGUGUAUUAUGGUCGGGUAAAUGGGCACAGGUCAGUCCCCAUGCUUUUUUGCGGGCAGUAUGGCAGGCUAUUCCAAUGUUUAAAGGCUAUGCACAACACGAUGCUCAGGAAUUCUUGUGUGAGCUGUUAGACAAGAUACAACGAGAGUUAAACAGCACACCAAGUCAGCCAUCAUCACAACUUCUAGAUGAUCUCUUCCUAGGACAACUUGUUAGUAAGGUACAGUGCCAGUCAUGUAAGAAUAUAAGUGAGACGUUUGAAUCCUACAUGGAUCUGUCGCUAGAAUUCCCAAAUAGAUAUCAGAUCACAAAACAGAAUUCACGAGUUGCUGAAGAUAUUUGUCAUAUUACAGAAAUGUUAGCUAAGUUUACAGAGGAGGAGCAUCUUGAAGGAAACAUUUAUGCAUGUGAAAAAUGCAAUAAAGGUCGUAGUAAAUCGGGGACAGUUUAUACAGAGGCCAAAAAACAACUUAUGAUAAACGAGCUGCCACCUAUACUACGUCUACAUCUGAAAAGAUUCAGAUGGUCAGGUCGAAUACAUAGAGAGAAGAUAAGCACUCAUGUGGCCACAGACGAGCUUCUGGACCUGAAACCUUUCUGCUCAAACCAGACAGCCGGACAGUUACAGUACCGUCUGUUUGGUGUCAUCAUACAUCAUGGUAGAGGAUUCGGCUCAGGACAUUACACAGCUUAUACCUGGAAUAAAGAAGCAGAAUCUUGGGUAAACUGCAAUGAUUCGAGAAUGAUUUUAUCAAAUGUAGAGGACGUACUAACAGCACAGGCAUAUAUUCUCUUCUACAAGGCAGAACAUCCAAAUAAACUUGAGAAACCAGUUUCCUUAACAUCAGAGUGCAGCAAUGAAACUGUAGCGUACAGUCUGAAAUCUGAGGACACAGUCUGUUAUAAAGAUGAGGAAGAGUGUAAUGAUAUUCCUGCUAAAUCAUCAUUGUCGUUGUCAUCACAAAUGUCAUCUCCUGUGCUGAAAUUGACUCGGGUAAAUUCACCAGCAUCAUUUACGUCAACAUCGUCCUCAUCAUCAUCUCUACCAAAGUUAUCGCCAGCUUCUCAAUUUUCAUCAUCGUCUCAUGAAAAGCUGUCCUUGAAAGCAGACGGCACAUUGUUGCUCAGUGACGAUGACGAUGUCACAAACUUAAACAGUUCAUCGACCUUGAAUGACACUGUACAUGUGAUUGAUAAGGAGAUAUCAUUUAAUUUUAAACCAACAGACAGUCCGAGAGUGACGCGCAGCUCAAAAAGGUCCCUUGAUAAUUGUGAUAAACAAAAUACACAGAACUCGAAACGAGCGAAAAAAUUGUCGUUUGAAACUGGUUCGUUCUAUGCAAAAUCUCCUAGUGAAAUGCCUGAAAAGAAGCAAGAUGAAUCUAAAUUAAACAGGAGAAGAACUCGUUCAAUGAAAAAUGAAAAUAACUCUUCGUUAUUGAAACUAGAAAAGUACAUCGGUCGUAGUCACGCGCAAGAUGAUAACGAAACAGCUCAGCAUAUCAAAAGGCGGAAAUCAACGUUCUGGUGAUUGUAUUGAUGUAUGUAGUGUAGAAAAUGAAACAUUAAAGGGUAUAAAGCUAUAUCUUAUGAAAGAAGUUAAUUAAAAUUUAUCAGAAGUAAAAUUAUAUUGUUUCCAUAAUCUUAUGGUUGAUUCCCGAAAGAGUUGUAACAUAAAAGUCUCUUUUAUUUAACGCAAAUGAAUAUUGUAAGUAUUAAAAAUAGAAUAAAAUGUUCCGGAACAAAAUAUUAUUCUGCUAUUUUAAGUAGGGUUUUAUCAGUUUAGCAAUAAUGUUGUGUGACAUACACUGAUAAGGCAAUUUAUUACCAUAUUCAUUUUAUACAAUAUAUUAUGCAAUUUGGAAGUAUUCUUUUUUAAAAUUCAAACAAUAAUUAAUGCAGCAGAUAUAUAGCUUUAUACACUUUAAUGAAGGCUCAAGUAGUGUUGAUAAGAUGUUACAGUUAGUAUUUUUGUAUCACAUGGUCUUUGUUCACUUGAUACGUAAUCAAAACCCUAGCAUACCUAGUGUUGUGAUUUUUGAAACUUUUAAAGUGUAUGAUUUCUUUCUGUAUGUCGAUAUAAUUCUAAAUAUAGAACAUAUUAAUCAUGUAAAAUGUACUUCGCCUACAUACCCAAUUAUUAAAGAAAAUAACAUGUAAUUUAUUGACUCUGAUUUUACUUAUUUUAAUGCAGACACUGACAAUUAGAUAAAUUCUGAACUAACACUUAAUUAUUUAGGCACAUGUUUAAAUAUUACAUGUAGUUGGAAGGGCUUUAUUUGAAUUUUAUGCUAAACUAAGUGAAUUUUGUACUAAUUGUAUAGAUAGACUUUUUUGCUUCAACUUAUAAAAAUAAUUUUAUACUUUAUAUGACAUUAAGGCAUGGAUUUAUGAUCACUUUUAUUUUUGAUAAUCUUGACGACAUGUUUAUUAACAAUUGUAAGUUUGACUGAUUGUAUUAAUGUAUGUUAACAUUUUUGUAUUGGUUAUAAGGCAUGUUGAAGAAAACAGUUUAAACGUAGAUUUUAUAGUAUAACUUUAUAAGAAAGUACUAAUGAAAACAUUAUUGUGUACAUGUAUGCUAACAUUUUUGUAUUGGUUGUCCGGCAUGGCUAAGAAUACAGUUUUACUGUAGAUUUUAUAGCGUAAUUUUAUUAGAAAGUACUACUGAAAACUUGUUUUGGAUCUUUCUUGAGUUUUCAUGUAAAGAAAAAAUUAUUCAUUACAGAGGCUGCAAGGAAUAGCAUCAUUUAUUUUGCAAUGUUCCAUUUUAAAUUUAUAUAUAUAUAUUUGAUUUUUUUUUCAAAAAGAGGGAGAUUUUAGAAAUUGCAAUAAACAAAGAAGAAAGUCCUGACAUCAAAAAGAGGGAGAUUUCUUUAAUUUGUGAAAAUACCCUUAUUUUAAGAAAAAUCUUUGAAAAUAUGACUGCAGAAAGUGGGAGUCUCCCGCUUAAAGUGGGAGAGUUCACAUGUAUGUAUUUGAAACAUGUAAUAUAAAGAUAAAUAGUAGAUGAUAUAUAACAAUGAAAACAAGUGUAGUAUUGUGAUAAGGAAUGGUCAUCUUAGUGCAGUAAUGGGUUAAGUCCUUAUAGAUUUAAUAGGAGUUAACCUGCACUUAGGUGACAGAAUGUACUUAAAUACGGUUAAUUUUAUAGAGUAGAAAUUUUGUGUAGCAUAAUAUUAUGAUGUAAGGGAAGUUGUAGGAUAAAUCUUGUCCUAUUGACUCUGUACAAUAAAAAAAAGAUGCAUGAAUGUUGAUUGUAUUUCAUAUUUUUUAUAUAAUGUAACUAUGGAAGACUGAUAUAUUACUUAUUUCAUGUAAUGACGUUUUGCGAGAGUAUAUUGUAUAUAUAAAUGAGCUGCGCCAUGACAAAACCAGCAUAAUGGGUUUGCCACCAGCAUGGAUCCAGACCAGCCUGCGCAUCCACGCAGUCUGAUCAGGAUCCAUGCUGUUCGCUUACAAACCCUAUCACAAGCAAAGAAACUGAUAGCGAACAGCAUGGAUCCUGAUCAGGUGCAUGGUCUGGAUCCAUGCUGGUCGCAAAUGCACUUUGUUGGUUUUGUCAUGGCGCGGCUCAAUUAUAAUCUUUUACUAAAAUAGUGAUGCCAUGUAGAUAUCUCAGGAAAUGUAAGCCAGUAUGUAAAAAAAAAUUGAAUACUGACUUCUUUAUAAAAGUGCUCUUUUU